UUGACGCCGUUAAAGUGUGGUGCGUUCAAAAAAGGGCUCACGGCGGUGGCAUCUGUGGCUGCUUGUAGUUCUGUUCUCUAGCUUUGCGUGCUGCAAGGAGCUCAUUUGCGCAGUUUCACCUCCUGGACUUUUCAUCCACACUGCCAUGGCUACCAAAAAGCUGGGUAACCAGCACAUCCAAGUUUUCGUCCGGUGCCGGCCUCCAACUGCAUCGGAGAAACGGAAUGGCUCUGCCAGAGCUAUCGAGGUCGUGCAGGAAAGGAAGGAGAUCCUCGUAAAUGACCGGGUAAUGCCGGAAAGGACCCCUCGCAAGUCGUUCACGUUUGAUAAAGUAUUCGGGCCUGAUGCAAAACAGAUCGACGUGUACCGGGCAGUCAUGGAGCCCACCAUAGCCGAGGUCAUGAUGGGCUACAAUUGCACAGUAUUUGCAUACGGUCAAACGGGUACAGGCAAGACCUUCACCAUGGAAGGCGACAGGUCGAAUGUGAACUUGAGCUGGGCUGACGACCCCUCGGCUGGCAUCAUUCCGCGCACGCUGCAGCAGCUGUUUGAAGAGCUUCAGUCGCAGGAUCUUGAGUUCACCAUCAAGGUGUCCUUCCUUGAGUUGUACAAUGAGGAGCUCUUUGACCUGCUCAGUGCUCACGAGGACACUUCAAGGCUGAAAAUAUUUGAGGACUCCUCCAGAAAGGGCUCGGUCAUAAUCCAGGGGCUCGAGGAGAUCACAGUGCACAACCGUGAAGAAGUGUUCUUCAUCCUCCAAAAGGGUGCAGCAAAACGUCAAACUGCUGCUACACUUCUCAAUGCAACGUCUUCGCGCAGCCACACAGUAUUCUCGGUCACAGUUCACAUCCGUGAGACAACAGACGAUGGCGAGGAGCUAGUAAAAACUGGAAAACUCAACCUCGUUGAUCUUGCGGGGAGUGAGAACAUUGGCCGAUCAGGUGCCAUUGAGAGGAGAGCGCGUGAAGCAGGCAACAUCAACCAGUCUCUCCUGACUCUGGGUCGCGUCAUAACUGCUCUAGUUGACAAGGCACCGCAUGUUCCGUACAGAGAAAGCAAGCUGACUCGGCUCUUGCAGGACUCUCUUGGUGGCCGCACAAAGACUUCCAUCAUUGCGACGAUCUCACCCGACAUGACCAAUCUGGAUGAGACGUUGAGCACGUUGGACUACGCUCACCGUGCCAAGAACAUCACCAACCGUCCGGAGGUCAAUCAAAAGAUGACCAAGCGGGCACUCAUAAAGGAGUACACAGAGGAGAUCGAGCGUCUCCGAAGGGACCUGGCAGCAACCAGAGAGAAGAAUGGAAUUUUCGUGGACCAGGAGAACUAUAGAAUGAUGGAAAUGAGGCUGACCAGCCAAUCACAAGACAUCCUGGAAAAGGAAGCACAGAUAGAGUCCCUGAAUGCAAAGCUGUUGACCAUAACGGAACUUUUUGAGAGAACUAAGCACGAAGUUGCAGAGACAACCGAGCAGCUGCAGGCAACAGCAGCUGAGCUCCACAGCACCAAGAGAACCUUGAACGCAACAGAGCAGGUGCUGUCAAAAACAAGUGUGGAAAAAGAAGAGCAGGCCUAUCUUGUGCAAGCCCACAGUAAGACGGAGGCAACACUUACCGCAACUGCUGAAGAGUUGGUUGGUGUUGCAAAAACUGCUACAGCCGACAUUGACCUGCUACAGCAAAAGCUUCAGCGCACUUCUGCCAUUGACCAGGCGAACAAGGAGCGGCAGAUUGCCUUUGUGUCCAGCUCGAGUGCACUUUUUGGUCAAAUUGAAGCCAGCUUCAUCGAACGGCUUGCAUCUCAGCAGGAUCUCCUUGGUGGCGUGGGUGGCUUGUUUGCUUCACUGGACAGUCUUGUUCAGCAACACCAGGCUGCGGUUGCUGCAUACACGUUGGAAGCCAAGAAGUUGGCUGACGAGAGUGAAGCAGCCAUCACUGCCCUCCUCUCUUCUCUACUGUCCACAGUGCAAGCUUCCCAGGAGCAGCAGGCAGCUCAAAUGGCGGCCAACUUGACCAACAACCAGGAACAGCUGCAAAGGCUUUGCCAGUUUCUUGUUGUGGAGCGCAUGCAAUCAGGGCAAAAGAAGCUGCAAGAGAUGGAGAAGCACCACUUGGCCUUGGGGGAGCAGGUCACAUCUCUGUGCCACCUUGUCUCGGAUGAAGUCUCUGCACACUGCAAGCAGCAGGUGCACCUUGUGUCAUCCAUACGGGAGGAAUUUGAAAAGUUGCGUCGGGAGUUGGAAACCAGCAAUGAGGAGGUCCAGAGGCUCUCCGCUGCAAUGGAGGCGAAAAGCACUGAAGCCAAGAAGGACAUGGCAGUUUUCAAGCAGCAGUUCGAGAAGUUCUCGCGGUCCUUCUUUGAAAUGGAGGCUGAUCAACAAGACACCAUGGCCAAGAUGACUGGACUCUCUGCCACAGUUGCAGAAAGGGGCAAAGUUGUGACAUCUGCCACCAAAAGCAAUGCAGAAUUGCUGGAAAAGUCCUCUGACGAUCUUGUUUCUAGUGUGGCUGCUCUGCACCAAAACAGUGCCAGGACAAUACAAGAUCGCUUGGCGGGGGCACAAGAGGCUGCGCUUGACCUUUCCAACAUACACAAGUUGGUGGAAGAGAGCGUCUCUGAUGCGGUGGCAUCCACGGGUGAAUGUUUCGUCGAGCAGAAAAGAGCUGCUGACUAUCAAAUGGCUGCCUGCACAACUGCCUUGUCGGAAGCUGUCAGGGCAGGAACUGACAUCACACGAGGACAAACUGACAAGGCCAAGACAUUGGUUGGAAAUUUCGACGCCAUAGUGUCCAAGAGCUGUGGCGAGUUUUCGUCCACAGGCCGUCAUGGCUCUGUAAAGACCGCGCAAGUGCAGGACAUUUCCGAAGCUCUUCGUGCAGGCAUCUCCAAUGACAUGGCAAAAUGCUCCUCAGUGGUCUCAGACUUCUUCCAGAAUGACUUGCAGGAGUAUGUGCCCACAGGCUGUACUCCCCAGAGACGAGAAUACAGGUUCCCGACGCAGCUGGCACAAACAUCGCCACAUGAGCGGAUUCUAAAGAGACUGAGGACAGCAGUGGAUUUUAACGCUGCAGCACAACUAGAGCUUCCCUCAUCUGACGAGGGUGGCCUGAAUCCACCACUCACCAAAUCGCUUCAGUCUUCUUCUGGAUCAUCGACGGAGUCUCUGUCAUUCAAUCCUGCGCUGGAAAACAAAGAAAACUCCAAGCGGACUACCAAGACAAAGAAACUGCCGAGAAUAACAUCGAAAAAGCAACUGACUCAGCGAAAUGCUUAGUGCAUUUUAACACUGUGAACUGUGCAUUUUGUUUCUGUGUGUAUUUUAUGUGCAUAUAAACUUUUACUUUUUAUUUUUUGACUAUGACAAUAUGUACAGUACUGAAACUUUUGAAACAUUGCACUUUCAUGGCACUUUCGUUUAUUGUCUACGCUGUCAUGGUACUGUCUUGCGGCUUAGUGUCCCCUAAAAAAAAUGAGUGGAAAAGCAGUGGCCAAAAAGGACAAAAGUCAUAGUGCCUGCCAAUAUUACUUGAGUUUAGGUUUUUCUGAUAGAGAUGCUGAAAACCAGGGGUCAAAAUAAGAAAUUAAGUGUGAGCUCAUUUAAAAUGAGCUCCAUGCAUGUAGCAGGUCCUACUUUCAAGUAAACGUUCAAGGCCAUGUACUCAUUUAUGUUGCCUCUGUUCAUCUAUCCGAUUUGCAAUUGUUUCUAAUGCAGUGCUGUGUAUAUAGAUUUACGUUGUUUCGCUCAUUCAUUUCACUUUCAUUGCGUAGUCUCGUCUUUAGUACAAAUUACAAUUACUGCCCCAUGUUCGUGUGUUUUAAAAUAAACUUGUAUUUUUUAUGUGCA